AUGGACCAGCUCAAUGAAGAGUUUGAUGCAGUAGCUGCACAUACUGAGUCUUUACAAAAGUUGAAGAAUGUGAGCGGAUCAUAUGGCAACAAAAAGCUGAAGCUGCUAAUGCACUUGACCAACAGAAAAAAAUCUGUUCUUGAAACUGAAAAGCUAGGGAAGACCUUGCAGUCAUUGCAUCUGGAUGUAAUAGCUUCCCAGCAGAAACACAAAGUGGAACUUGCUCAGCUAGAACAGCAGAUAACACAGCUUGAAAGGGACGUUACAGAUGCCAAGGAACUUUGUUGUAAAAAAGAUCAGGUAUGCUCUUGCUAUGAGAAUGAGCAAAACAGCUCUCUCUUGAAAAAUCACAUUGCAAAAGAGGAUACGAGGGAGCUGGAGGAGAUGUGGGUAUUUGACCCAGUUGCUAAUGAGAUGCUGUAUAAUUUCGUGUAUCCUAUAGCUCAAAAUAGCAGGAUGCAGUAUAAAAAGUACAUCAUAAAAGGCACUAUUGGAAUUUUUUUGUCUUCACAGGCAAUACGCAAAAGAGAUGACCUUCUGAGAAAGUCGGAAGCUGAUCUCCUGCAGGCAAGGGAAGGUAUCAAAGCUAAAGUUGCUGAGGUGGAGCACCUUGACAGUGUGGUCAAGAAACUGAAAGCAAGUAUCCAGGACACACAGAAAGAAAAGAAUCAGAAGAAGAGAGAAGCCAUCAUACUGAGAACUGAGAUUCAGCAGCUAAAUCAGGAACUGCAGGAUGUGCAUAAGCAGUACAGAGAGACAGCUCCAGAACUUGCCAGUCAAGAUGAAAAACUUCUUCUAAUGGAAUCCAGCUUGAAAGCAACUCAAGAGCAGCUAAGUGAGCAAAUAACAGAAACAGUUCACCAAGAACAGAGCAGUAGAAAAUCACAGACAGAGCUGCAGACCCUGAGAGAACGUAUUAUAGCUUCUGAAGAAGGAAUUAGGGAUUACAAGUUGAGUUUUAUGAUGAAACAUUAGCAAAGCUGCAGAAAGAGCUGGAGCAAUCAAAAGAACAGCUUUUACAAUGGACUAAAAAUCUGUAUUCUACAGAACAGAAUAUUCAGGCUUUAAACAUGGAAAUAAGUUUAUGGGAAAGAAAUCACAGUCCAUUGACAAGGUAAUAUUUCUCUUAUCAAACUGUAUUUUCAUCAUGUAAUAUCUUAUGUCCUUAAAGUAGUAAAUGCUGUACACUGUCAAUAUAAAAUGUUUAAAUAACUGCUAAUUCUAGGCUUCAGGAAUAAAAUAUACAUUUUGCUAUAAAGAACAGUUUAGUAAAAAAUAUUCUUCUUUUUCU